AUGGCAUCCAAAAUACCAGCAAAAAGCAAAGGAAAGAAGCGUAAGAGAGUUGUGUUGACAUUAAAACAGAAAAUAGAUAUUUGUACACGUCUUGAAAAGGGCGAGAAUAGGAAUGUUUUGAUGCAAGAGUACAAUGUUGGCUCGUCCACGAUAUACGACAUCAAGGCUCAGAAAGAACAACUGCUCAAAUUUUUUGCUAGUUGUGAGUCAAAUAAAGCUGUUGAACAACGCCAUACUCUGCAUAUGCCUAAAUUAGAGCAACUAGACAGUGUUUUAUAUGAAUGGUUUUCAUUGAAACGAUCGGAGGGUGCCUCUAUAUCUGGCCCAAUGCUCAUUGAAAAGGCAAAAGAUUUUUAUAAGCAAAUGCAAUUGACUGAGCCAUGUGCAUUUUCUGAUGGAUGGCUUUCAUGUUUUAAACUUCGUCACGGCAUUAGAAAGCUAGAUGUACCCGGCGAACAAAAAUCGGCUGACCGUGAAGCUGCAGAAAAAUAUUGUGAAUUUUUUAGAAAUGUAAUUGCUGAACAUGAUCUAUCCCCUGAACAAAUUUAUAAUGCUGAUGAAACUUGCCUAUUUUGGCGAUGCUUGCCAAAUUCUACCCUAGCAGGUGCAAGUGAAUCUAGAGCUGCUGGUUUUAAGCAGAAUAAAGACAGACUAACUGUUCUUACGUGUGCUAAUGCUGCAGGCUCGCAUAAAAUAAAACUUUUGGUGAUUGGGAAAUAUAAUCAUCCUAGAGCUUUCAAGGGUGUUGCACAUUUACCUAUUGUUUACAAAGUGCAAGGUAAUUCAUGGAUGAACAAAGACAUUUUUUAUGAUUGGUUUCAUCAUGUUUUUGUACCUGCAGUGAAAGAACGUUUUAGAAAAAUAAGCUUACCUGAAGAUAGCAAAGCUAUUCUAUUGCUAGACAAUUGUAGAGCUCACCCUCAUGAAACAGAAUUAGUGUCUGGUAAUAUUUUUACCAUCUUCCUGCCUGCUAGUGUUACUUCAUUGAUUCAACCUAUGGACCAGGGCAUCAUCCAGAAUAUGAAAUGUUAUUACAGAAGAGAUUUCCUGAGAAAGUUGAUCAAUCAUGAAGGCACUAUACAGGACUUUCAAUCUCGUUAUAAUAUAAAAGAUGCAAUUUUUAAUGUUGCUUGUGCCUGGAAUUCUGUUAAAAGUGAAACAUUAAGGAGAGCUUGGAUAAAAUUGUGGCCUAGUGUUAUGUUUGCAGAAGUGUCUUCUGAUGAAGAUGAAUUUGAAGGCUUUAAAGUAAGAGUUAGAAAAAAUACAUUCGCACAAAUUCUUGAAAUGGUGAAGGAUACUCCUUCUUCACACCCCAUCAACAAACUUCAUGAAAGUGAGCUAGAAGAGUGGGUUGAAGCUGACAAGGAGGUUGAAGUGACACAUACUGUUGUUGAUACAGAAAUAAUAGAGACUGUUUUGAAUACUGAAAAGUCAAAGGACACUGAUAAAGACAGUGAAGAAGAUGAUUUUAGUGAAGAGGACAAAAUAACUUGGGGAAAGGCUGCUUCAGCUUUUGAUACAAUAAUUAAAUUUGCAGAAAGGCAGCCAUGUUAUACUGCCCAGGAGGUUAUGCAAUUGCACAUUCUGCACUCUACUUUUAUGCAAAAGAGGCAGAAGACAAGAAACCACACCCCCUCCUCUGGGGGCCCCUUCUCAGCUCUCACCCCCAGCAUCUGGCCACAGGAGAUCCUGGCAAAGUACACCCAGAAAGAAGAGUUGGUGGAGCAGCCGGAAUUCCGGUACGAUGAAUUCGGCUUCCGAGUGGAUAAGGAAGAUGGCGCUGAGCCGAACUCCAGCAAGCUGCUGGGGAUUCCGCUGACGGAGGAGCCACAGCAGAGGCUGAAGUGGCAGGCCCACCUGGAAUUCACGCACAACCACGACGUGGGGGACCUCACCUGGGACAAAAUCGAGGUCACGCUGCCGGGUUCGGACAAGCUGCGCUCACUGGUGCUGGCUGGCAUCCCACACAGCAUGAGGCCUCAGCUGUGGAUGCGUCUCUCUGGGGCCUUGCAGAAGAAGAGGAAUUCGGAGAUGUCCUACCGAGACAUUGUGAAAAACAGCUCCAAUGACGAAACUAUCUCUGCCAAACAGGUUGGGAGCCUGCCUGAUGCCAACGCUCCAGUGCCUGGGGUGGAAACAUGGGUGAUCUGUUGCACUGGGGGGGAUGAGGAAUUUGCUUAA